AUGUCGGAGAACAUCCUGCAAUAAAAAACUGAAGGAGAUGAAAAAGCUAAUGUAUAUUUUGGAUAAGAAAUAGAUGGAGAUAGUAUAUUUAAUAAUUGAUAUAAAGAAAUAAUCUAUAAAAAUGUAAGAAAAGCCAAAAUUCCGAACACAGCAGAUAGAGCAUACUGCGAGAUAAGAAUAACUGAAUUGUAAGCAGAACUUGAUGCUUCACGUGAAUAGGUUUUCAAGUUAGAAUAACAAUAAGAUUUGUAUGUAACAUAUGAAUAGACAGUAAAUAUAUGAAUAAUAAUAUUGAAGAUUAAUUAAUUAUAAGAAAGAAAUUAGAUAUUGCAUGAUGAAAACAAAUAGCUUAAUCUUUUGUUACGUACAAGAACAAAAGAGUUAGAUAUAGCAAAAUUUAAGAUUCUUGAAUAUGAGUCAUUACUAGAAAGAUUGAGAGAUAUAGAAUUAGAUUAUAAUAAUGUAUAUGACUAAUUGUAAGUAAGAGAUAAAGAAUUAAAAGAUUUAAUAUUUAAUUUAUUAAAUAAAAGUUAACUGAAAAGUAUGGAUAAUUGGAAUUGAAGUAAUAACAAUAUAAAGUACUUGAAUUAGAGAAUUUCGAUCUUAAAAAUAAGAUAACAAAUCUUUAGAAUGACUUAGAUGUAUAUAAAGAUAGGAAUAUCAAAUUAGAUACUGAAAGAAAAAGACUUUCAGAUCUAAAAUCUGAAAUAACAACAACUUCAAAAAUAGAAGUUACAAAAAGUGAAGUUAAUAUUUCUUAGGUUGCAACAUAAUAAUCAACAUAAGAUUAUAGCAAAUUUAAAACAUAAUUAUAAGAAUAAUCAGAUCUAUUGAGCUAAAUGAAAAACACUAUUUAAGAAAAAGAUCAUAAAUUAGGAUUGCUUAAUCAUGAACUUACAAAAUUAUAAGAAACUUUAGCAAAUAAGAAUGAAUAAUUAUCUUCAUUAUAAUAAUAAUUAGAUUAAUAAGAUAAUAAAUUAAAGGAAUUAGAAAGUAAAAUUGAAUAACAAAAAAAUAAACCAACUACAAUUAUUAAGACUGUUGAAAAAAUAAUCAAGGUUACUCCUACAGAUGCUGAUUAAGAAAAAGUUUAAUUAGUUAAUGAAUUAGAAAGAGCCAAUAAUGAAAUUGAAAGAUUUAAGUUUGAAUUAUCAUAAUUAUAAUAAAAAUUAGAAACUCAAGAAAAAAUAAUUUCUGAUGUAAAUAUUAUUUAAAAUAUUUAUUAUAGUUAUCAAGAGAUGUUCGAUAAAUCAUCUCAUUAAAUGAAGAAAUAGAAUUACUUAAAAUAGAUAAAGCUAAUUUAUAAAAUACUUUGAAUCAAAAAGAUUAAGAUUUAGAAUUUACUUUGAAUCUGUUAAAUUAGAAAACUCUUGAUCUUUAGAAUCUUGAUAAGGUUAAGUUCAAUUUAACAUUUGCAGAAGAUUAAAUCCAAAAUAAAUAAAGAGAAAUUAUAUCUUUAAAAAGAAGAGUUGGUGAUGUUGAAAAUUCUAAUAAUUAAUUAAAAUAAUUAUAACCAGAAUUACGAUAAGCUAAGAAAUUAAUUGAAGAAUUAAAAUCUGAAAAUGAUAAUUUAGAUUAAUAAAAUAAAUAAUUUAAAGCUAAUUUAAUGGAUGCUGAAGUUGUUAUAAAUUAAUUAAAGAAAUUAGAAUAAAGAAUUAAAGCAAUAUAAAAUACUAAUUCUUCAUUAAGAUAAGAAAUGACAUAAACUUUUACUGAAUCAGAAUAAUGGAGAUAAAAAUAUAAUUAAGGUUGUUCUGAAAUCACAAGAUUAUAAAGAUUAUUAGAAGUAAAUUAAUAAAGAUAAUCAACUUUAAAUGAAUAAAACAAAAACUUUAAAAAUGAAUUUGAAGUUCCUCAUAUAAAAAUAGAUCCUCUUCCUAUUCCUUAAAGAUUAACAAAAUAAAUAAUAUAAGAUGAUUCAUAAAUUAUGAAAUUAAAAAAUAAUUUAGUAGUUGUUGAAUUAUAAUUAGAAUCUGUGUAUCGAAAUAAAGUACUUGAAUAAUAAGCUUAUUAAAGUGAGAUUGAUGGAAUCAAUUCUAAAUACAAUCUUAAAAAGGAGAAAGUGAAGCAUGGAAAUAAAAGUAUCUUAAAUCCGAAUAAGAAAAUGUUAAAUUAAUGAAUAUUAAUGAGAAAUAUACUGUAUUAUUGUAAAAAUAUGACUCUUAAGAUGUUAUUAUAUAAAGUUUAAAUGAGAAAUUGAAAUAAUAAACAUAAGAAUUGGAGAAGGCAAGAAGUGAUGUAUUUUAAUUACAUUUGUAAUUAAGUCAGUUAGAAGUACUUAUUUAAGAAAGAAAUUAAUUUAAAUAAAGAUCAGAUACUUAUUAUUAGGAGAUUUAAAAUUAAUAUAAAUAGAUUCCAGUAUUAAAAGCUUAAGUAUUAGAUUUAAGUAGAUAAUUGAAAUUAGCUGAAAUACCAAUAAUUCAAGUUGCAUAAAAAACUGAUGCAUUUGAAAAACUUCGAUAAUAAAAUGUAGAAUUGGAAUAAAAAAUUGAUGAUACAUUGGAAGAUUAAAUUCAUGAAUUAUAAUAAGGAAAUAAAGUAUUAAGAUUAGAAUUGACUAAAUAGAUUUAAAUUAAUGCAUAAUUGAUUAUAGAUUAAUCUAAUGCUAAUAUAAAGAAAUAAGAUUUAUUAAUCGAAUUAUAAUUAUCAUAAGCUAUAGAAAAAGAUUAUUAAUAAUUAAAAAUUGCCUAUUUGAAUAAGCAAAAAGAAAAUGAUAAAAUAAAGAUGUAAAGUGAUGGAAUAAAAAAAUGAGAUAGAGAAAUUAAAAGAGAGAUCAAAUAAUUAUAAAGAUUAAAUAAAUGGAUUAUUAGUUAAAGUAAAUUCUUUAGAAUAAUUGAAUAAUGAUUAUAAGUUUAAGUUAGAGAUGUUUCCUGAAUUAUAAGAGAAAGUGAAUUCAUAGUCUAAAUAGAUUGAAGAUUUAUAGAAAACCUCAUAGAAAUCAAAUGAAAUAAGAGAUGAAUUAAUAGCUAAAUCUACCUUAUAAUAAAUCAAACUAUAAAGUUUAGGUCCAUUAUAAUCUAAAAUAGAAAGUCUUUAAUUAAUUUUAGAAGAGAGACAAAGACAAUUAGAUUUAUGGUAAAGAAAGGCCUUAGAAUUAGAAGAUAGUAAAUCAAAACUUAAUUAAGAAUGGAGAAAGAAAUAUGAUGCUGUAGAAGUUUAAUUAAAAAAUUAAAAAGAUUUAGAUUAAAUAGUAAUAUAAUAAGAACAUGAUAUUAAUGAUCUUAUUAAUUAGAAUACAAAAUUAAAUGUAUAAAAUAAAGAAUUAUCUAUUACAAAUCAAUCAUUAAAUAAAGAUCUUGAUUAAGAGAUAUUGAAAUAAAUAGAUUAUCUGCAAUUGAAACUGAUUUUAGAAAAUUAAAUGAAAAUUUAUUAAUAGAAUUGUAAAGAAUUGCUGAUCUAACAGAUAAAUUAUAAAUUGCAUAAAAUUAAUAUGAUGCAGCAAAAAGAGAUUAAGAAAGAUUAGAAAAUAAUGUGCAAUGAUGUCAAGUGA